UUUGAAAAGAAAAAAUAAUAAUGAAUUCCUAUGCCCCACAAAUAACCCAGAGAGGCAUUUUUAAAUAGAAGCACACAUUCUACUCAUGUAAAAACACCAGGCAGGCCCCACAAAUAACCCAGAGAUGCUUUUUAAAUACAAGGACACAUUCUACUCAUGUAAAAACACCAGGCAGGCCCCACAAAUAACCCAGAGAAGCUUUUUAAAUAAAAGGACACAUUCUACUCAUGUAAAAACACCAGGCAGGCCCCACAAAUAACCCAGAGAUGCUUUUUAAAUACAAGGACACAUUCUACUCAUGUAAAAACACCAGGCAGGCCCCACAAAUAACCCAGAGAUGCUUUUUAAAUACAAGGACACAUUCUACUCAUGUAAAAACACCAGGCAGGCCCCACAAAUAACCUAGAGAUGCUUUUUAAAUAAAAGGACACAUUCUACUCAUGUAAAAACACCAGGCAGGCCCCACAAAUAACCCAGAGAUGCUUUUUAAAUACAAGGACACAUUCUACUCAUGUAAAAACACGCUGAUUCCAGGACCGUCCUUGGGCCAGAUUUAGAAGGUGAUUGGGCCGGAUCCGGCCCCCGAGCCUUAGUUUGCCUACCCACGGGGGAGGAAAAGAGCUGCAACACCAGAGACCAGAAUAUUAAAAACUGAAAUGUAGAUGUAAAUAAAUGGAGCUUAAAAAAACAAAACAGUAACAGCCUGCCAUGUAAAGCUCCAAAAGGAAGUGUCUCAGCAAUGUGGUGGCCCCACCAAAAGUAGAAGGAUUGUGGGCAUCUCCCUUGCAUGCAGAAGGUUGCAGGUUCAAUCCCCAGCACCUCCACAUAGGACCAGGAAGCACGCCUGCCAGGGACCCUGGAUCAUAGAUCACAGAACUGUAGCAUUGAAAGGGACCCUGAGGAUCAUCUAGUCCAACCCCCUGCAAUGCAGGAAUAUAUGCAGCUGCCCCAUACAGGGAUCGAACCUGCAUCCUUGGCACUAUCAGCAUCGUGCUCUAACCAACUGAGCUAUCCGGGAUAACUGUUGCCGGUCAGUGUCGACAAGACUGAGCUAGACGAGCUAAUGGUACACAACACGUGCUCAGUGUAAGGCAGAUUCCUGUGUUCCUGUAUUCCUGAGAAUACAGGAGGAACUUUUCCGAGGCAGGGAAAUCAUCCAGCAUCUUUGAGGGCAGCAGGAGAAAUGACCGAAUCACCUGAAAGAUGAGGACGAUUAAGACACCGCAAGGAGGAUUCCUCAGAAUUUGGAAUUGUUUCCUCCUUCCCUCCUCCCUCUAUCGCAGCCAACAAACGGGAGAUUCCGCAUGAAUCCAAAGGCUUCCCAAGUUGAGCAAGGCUCUCGGCGUCCUCCGACUGGCUGGUCUGGUCUUCUUCCCUGGGAAGAAAUCUGCCAGCCUGCUGAGUCUCUCCAAGAAGCUCCAGCCCUUCCGAGCUGUGACUCAACCUCUCAAUCUGCAUAACAAGGCUGGACAGCUCCCAGGCGCUCUUAUCUGUGGGUAUAAAAGAAAACUCCCAGGAUCAACUCUCACAUUUUGCCAGCUCCUUCGCGCUGCGCUCCACGCUGCUCCACCGGCUCCCAGUUCAAGAGAAGAGCAGGAGGCGCAACCAAGAGAAUGGAAGAAGAAACACAUAAAGAGAAAGAGGUGGAAACGAGAAGGGAGGAGGAUGCUGCCCUCAUUGCUUUCUACAGCUCCUUCAAGGACCUCUUUGAGUUCUUUUGCUUGAACACCACCAUCCAUGGCACCAUCCGGCUGGUCUGCUCGAGUCGGAACAAGAUGAAGACGGCCUUCUGGACCCUCCUCUUCCUCGCCAGCUUUGCCAUGCUGUAUUGGCAAUUUGGGCUCCUCUUCAACCAGUACUGGCAAUACCCAGUGGUCUUGUCAAUUUCUGUCAAAUCACAGCAAACGAUGUUUCCUGCCAUCACCCUCUGCAAUUUGAAUCCAUACAGGGUCAAUAUAGUCAGCAAAAAUAUGGCCGAGCUGGAUAAUCUGGCCAGGGAAACCCUACACAACCUAUACCCCUUCACCAUCCCGGCGAGCACUCUGGAAGACAACUCCAGCGUCAGUGUGGAGAACUGGACAAGCAGUGCGGUCAACAGCUCCAGCUUCAAGCUAGAUCACAGCGUUGCUCUAGUGAGAAUGGGCGACGGCAAAGUGGGCUUCCGGCUGUGUAACCAAACGGGCGGAGACUGCUACAUCAAGGUUUACUCCUCCGGGGUCGACGCUUUCCAGGAAUGGUACCGUUUCCACUACAUGAACAUCAUGUCCCAGGUGCCACCCAUCAUUGACAUCUCCAAGGAUGCCGACCACAUCAACGACCUGGUCUACGCUUGCCAGUAUGACGGAUUGCCUUGCAAAGCUAGUGAAACGGUGCACUUUCAUCACCCCGCCUAUGGAAGUUGUUACACUUUUAAUAAAGGCGGGACAGAUGAGUUCUGGAAAGCUUUGAAGCCUGGAAUCGUUUACGGUCUCUCCCUUAUCCUCAAAGUGGAACAAAAGGACCACAUCCCGCUGCUGUCCACCAAGGCGGGUGUGAGGGUGAUGAUCCACAGCCACAACCAGACCGCGUUCUUAGAGCACGAGGGGUUUGAUAUUCGGCCGGGGAUUCAAACCACCAUCGGGAUCACACAGGACGAGGUGACUCGCUUAGGCGGAAAUUACGGAACAUGUACAAAGGACGGAGAUGAUGUGGCUGUCAAGCUCAUAUACAACAGCACAUAUACGCAGCAGGCUUGCUUGCAUUCAUGCUUCCAGAGGAAAAUGAUUGAAGAAUGUGGUUGUGGGUACUAUUACUACCCACUGCCUCCAAGAACGGAGUACUGCAACUAUAACAAGCAUCCUAAUUGGGGUCAUUGCUUCUAUCGCCUGUACAAUCGUGUGUACAAUCAGGAUGCCACUCAUAGCGAAUCCUGUUUUGACAAAUGCCACAGACCAUGCAAAGAGACUUGGUACAAACUUUCAGCAGGAUAUGCAAAGUGGCCCUCGACCAAAUCGGAGAAAUGGAUUCACAAAGCUUUGGAAGCCCAGAACAGCUACAAUGUCACCGGCGACAGUGCCAGGAAAGAUAUUGCCAAGGUGAACAUUUACUACGAGCGACUAAACUACAAUUCUUGGGAUGAAUCUCCUGAAUAUACAGAAACCCAGAUGAUGUCCAACAUGGGAAGCAACUGGAGUCUCUGGUUUGGGUCGUCGGUGCUGUCAGUGGUGGAGCUGCUGGAGUUCCUCGUGGAUGCCGCCAUCUUGUCUCUCAUCUUCCUCUACCGCCAGUUCACGGCCAAGAGGACGCAUAAGGUGUCUCGACCCCCAAACAUCCCGAGCAUAAGCUUGACAUUGGAGAAGUACCGCUAUGUGGAGGAAGGCCUGGCCAGCACCCAGGACAUGGCAAAACCUUACGCCAGCGAUGGCACUGGCAUCCCAUGCCAAGACACAAAGUAUAGCACAUGCCAGAUGCCUGAGCUCUACCCAAGUGUGGUGCUGAGUGGAUUCAAGCGCAGGAAAGAGCAUAGCAUAGAUAUGCGCCUCAGCAGCUAAUGGCGUCCGAAGAGAACGGAUCUCGGAGAACUACAAACCUACCUUCAUACCCUUGAAGAAGAGCUGUUUUGUGGGGAAUUGUGGGGCCAGUACAGUUGUGACUGCUGACCCACAAAUGCUGGCUCAGAAGUGCUGGACUGAUGGGGCCGGGCCUCCAACAGGAGACUGAGUUUGUGACUUUUCUGAACCUCCUCGGACAGUUCAGUGGCAAACAAGAUGGAGCCCAGGGAAGCGAGGUUUCCCACCCCGCAACUUGGGAUCAGAUUUGCAACCCGUUUCAGGACUGGGAUCGACUUGAAGACCCUUUCCCCCCUCACGUUAUUGGUUCCGCGGUGGUAUUUUCAGAGAUGACUGACCUGUGGCCUCCUUAUGAGAGAAGCCUUUUUUCCCUCCUUUUUUUCGUUUGAGGGAAGAGGAAAGCCAGAGAGUGACUGGCGGUUAUCCAGUUCCCUAUAAAAAGCCGCAACCGUAGCUUCCCGCCGAAGCUCUCCUGAGGGAACCAGAUCCAACUGGGCGUCCCUGGGCAAAGAGGCGGGAGCGUCAACAUUUCACAGGUGUCUCUGAGUUAAAUGUUAAUCCGCCCACACAUUAAAAAAUGUGUCUAGCGAACAUUUUUUACGAGGCUAUGUUCUCUUCUGCCUGUGUUAACAGUGCCUCUGGGAUCCCAGAGGGAUGCAAUGAAUACUUGACCGUGCUGAUUGUAAUGCCCAUGAUACCUCUUCUGUUUGACAGGUAGUGCUUUCCUGUUUGAGCUCUGAAAUCCAUGGCAAGGAAAGUGUUUUUAAUUAUGAUUGUGUGCUACCUCUGUUAAAAUGUGAAGUUCAGGGUUUAUAAGCUGGGUUCUCAAACGUGAAGAGGAAAAACAGUAGCUUGCAUGGAGCAGGAUAGGUGCCCGAGAACCCCCAGUGUCUAGCCUCGCAACUGCCUGUACUCAGGUUACAGCGCCCCCUUCAGGUGGCAAGGGAGCAGCACUAUGCAAAGUCAGCUCUUUUGAGUGGCUGGCAGUGCAACAGCUUCUGACUGGCCGUUCUUCACUCAGGAAAUUAGUUACAAGGCACUUUUAAAUAUUACAUUUUAUUGGUGAAUUUGGAAGCCAAUAUCAACUUUUCGAAUGGAUUUAUUUACCUAUUUCCCCUCUUCAGACCUCGAAAUCCAACAGUGUUCAUAUUGGCUGCUGUUCUUUUUAAAGUAAACGGAUAUAUUCUCGCAAGCACAUUGAACUUUUGCUUUACACAAAAUGUGCCAGAUUUCCCCUUUGCAUAAUAGUUUCUUGAUCAAAAGAAAAAGAAAAAGAAAUGUUCCAACUGUAUUCAGAAGAUUGCUUUGCUAUAAUGGACAUCCGGAAAUCCUGAACUAUGAAAUAUUUAGUUUUAUACAGAAAAUAGAUGUCUGGAUGUACCAGAUCACCAGAGCUCAGGGCUGUGCCACACUUUACGCAUUCAGGCCUCAUUCAGUCAUCCCUGUUCAUUACUUGAAGUUUGCCAUGCCAAGUGGCAAUUUACCUGCUUGAGCCUUCCUGAGGGAGAAACUUGACUGCAUGCCAGCGGUGGAGCUUCAUGUUCCGCCACCAGGGGCGGAGAACAGGCACGCUGCCCCCAGUGACGUGGCGCGGCGAAGGCGCCCCUGGGAUCGCGUCGCUUGGGGCGCACUGUCCCCAACACCCCAGCUUCCUACGCCCCUGCUGCAUGCACACAGAGUAAUCUAACCAGGGGUCAACACUAUGCCUUGUGUUAGUCCUCAAGUGAUAAACAUGUCUCCCUGAAUAACUCCAAGUAGCAUUGUUUCAGCAAGGGGGAGUUGGGAAUCUAUCCCCACACUGCUGGGAUCACUGUGGGUGGUGUCCAACUAAGACCCAUUGAAUUUAAUGACUCUAAAUUAGUCGUGUCCAUUAACCUCAGUGGUAUGGCUAGUGUUGGAUAGAAUCCUGUAGAUAUCUAUCUAUAUUAUUAUCUAUUAUUUUCUGUGAAUGAAAUAUGUAAUGUAUAUCCAUCUGCCUUGCUGUUGAAUUCUAUUGAUGGUUGGAUGCAGAUGCAUUUUGAAGGAGAACAUUUGACUGUAAUUUAUUUUGAGUGUGUGCAUGAAUGAGAGGGAGAGGGGGCAGAAUUAUGGAAAGUGACCUGUUUUUUUGUGGCUGUAACUUAAUAAUUUAUUGUGCUCCUAUUUUGCCCCCACCCCCUACCCCUUCGCCUUCUUGAAGGUUAAAAAGAACAAAACUAUGCAAACUGCACUGGUUAUUUUGUAACCGUCCUGUAAUAAAAUGCAUAUUUUCAUAC